CUCUCUUUCUCUCCUCUCCUUCGCGUUAUCUCUUUCUCUCCCACACAUACACACACACACACACACACCCCUCUCGGUUUAUCCACCCUCGGUGGCGGUCAGGGCGUCGUGACGAAAGCGUCGCAGUGGUUCGCGUAUCUCGCGGGAACAAAUGUGCACGGUGGACAGCAGUGUGACAUAGUGCGGCGAAGGCAGGAGACGAAGAGAUCGGCAGGAGGGCAGGAGAGCGAGGAACGCGGGAAGAGCGGGGCAGGAGGUGGAUGACGAUGAGGGGACACAGGAAGAGGGCGCCGAGCCCUGAUGAAUUCGCAUCUUCUACAUAGGGGGUACCGUCCGUCCGCCCCGAGGGGGACGCGCUUCGUCGAGCUUUCUCUGCGUGACACGCUCCGAUUCCAUGCCUCUCUCGGCCGCGGAAUCGUCUGAGAAUCCGGCCGCGCGCGCUCUCGAGCUGCCUUGGAACGGAACGGAACGGCGAUAUCGUGUCGAAUGUAUCGCGGGAGAGGGAGGGGCAGGGGGGCUCCGUCAGGAGGGUCGAAAUUUUUGCGGGCCGUGCGAAAUCCAUUUGCGAGUAAAUGCCCGCCGACCGACGGUCGGCGGGAUCGCUAUGCUUCGCCCCCGCCGCGGGGGUGAGUUUGCAGCGCACUAAAGGAGAGCGAGCGAAAGCGGGCGAGACAGUCUGAGACAGUCGAUCCGAGACGACGAUCGGCCCGCGUAAUCUGCUCUCUCAUCGAUUACUCCCUCGCACGCUCGGGAUGCUCCUGAGACUUAAUAUGUUUCUUAAUAUGAUGCAAAGUUACCCUCGCGAGAGGUAGCUUGAUUAAGAGCUAAAAGCUUGAAUAAGCGGGUAUAUCCUUGAACGAAUCUCGCCGUGAACUCGUGCAUGAAUGCGAUAGAGGAACCGGGGACGGGAAGGGGUGAGACAGCUGCGUAAAUAAACGGCUUCCCCGUGAUUCGCAUUAGAGUGGUUCCUCCACGGAGGAACGCGUUACGUCGGAUUAUUUUUCACAUUCACGAUUACGGUCGGCUUGUAACCAAUCGACGAUCGCGACGGCGCACAAUGAGCACGGCACGCUCUCGCAGCCGCUUUCUGACACGAGCCGUUAAUGACUUUGGGCUAACCGCGACUUCUGUCGUGCCGUACCUCUCGUAGUGUAAAAGUUGCAUUAGACCGAGGGAAGGUUAGACACGGCUCUAGAAUAGGCUACAACCCGCGGGCGUAAAUCAUGCAUCGGACGUGCAGCGAGGAGCGUAGGAAAAGUACGCUGUAGGCAACUUUUGCGCGCGUCGCAAAUGUCGUUAUCUUGAAUUAAAAGUCGGGGGAUCGGACGUUCUUACGAGCGCGCUGCGGCGAGGAAGCACGGUGUUGGUAACGAACACGCGGACGAAUUCGCCAGGAUAAAUUCGCCAAGUUAAACGGCAAUAACUGGACCGCUACAGCGCCACGAAAAUAUUAAUAUCGCGCAAAUGGCCGCGAGUUAAUUAUUGUGACCAUAAACGGCACAAAGUGGGGAGGGGAGGGGGAGGGGGCAACAUUGUUCUAUAAAUAUCAAAAGUGCCAGCGGCAAUUCGUCAUUUCAAUCGCGUGAUUUUUAACCCGGAGACAGACCUGUAACCUGUGUGUCGUCGUUGUCGAGUGCGAAACAGCGCUUCAUUGUCCGCUUUUUCUCAAAUUCCGAAACGAGCGAUUGAUCCCACUUUAACGAUACGCAUUGUUGGCGACGAAAGUAUCAAGUGCGCAGAUGAACGCUUAUUUUCGAGCUGUAGCGCGAGGGACGCGCGACAUAAAGUCUGUAAUCUCUCCGAUUAAACGACUCCACGUGAACUCGCAUAAGCUUGCUUAAAGCUCGGCAUAAGUUUUAUCUUUAUCGACUCUCGCGCGACGUAUACGCGUUUGCACACACACACACACACACACACAUACACACACAAAUACACGAGCGACGACAGCAGUCUAUACCAAUAAAAUACAAUAAUAUAAAGCAGCAUUGCGCUCAUCUUGAAGCACUGAUCAAUCUUGACAAUGUCCGCCGCGUUUCGUUUCGCUUCGAGUCCGUCGCGACAAAUCCGACGGAAAAUUCCGCCGCAUGAAUGAAAUCCCUCUUUGGCGAGCGGGCGACUUAAUGAGCGAUUUCACUCCGACAUUAAAGGCCGCCGUGGAUGUGUCAAUGAGAGCUCGGAUUUAGCCAGCCUGAUCCUCGUCACGGAUCCUCGUCUCGGCGCGAGCACAAAAGUUACGCGAAAUUUAAUAAUAGGGGCGCAAUCGGCGAUAUUCACGAGGGUCGCAAAGUAGCAGUCGUCCGUUCGUUCGCUGCGCGAAUAUGACGAAGAUCGAUUCCUACAGUCAGAAGUUCCGAAUGGCUAUUGUUCCCCUUUCGUUCAUCUGUAACGAGAAUCGAACGGUUGCGUUGUUGCGCCGAAAGCCGACGGCGUCGUCGUGGAGCAAUCGGAAGCGCAUAGACGAAACGUAAUUGCUGCACAUGUUGCUUCCCGCAAUAACCUUUACAGCCGAGUCGAGACGCUCGGCUUUUUUUUCGAAACUGCACGCUUAUUCCCAAACGGAUAAACAAGGCAACCUACCUCGCGGCGGUUGAGUCAAACAUCAAUCGGGAACCUCUCAUUAGAAUCCCUUUCAUUAUGAAUCUCCAAUCACCAGCAGGCUAUCCGGUCGAAUCUACCGGCAACGAAGGAGCACAAGAGAAUCAGAAUGAAAUAUCACGCGACUAAUUAAUCUCCGGCUGGUGAAUGCGACGAAAGAAGAAAAAAAGAACGUUACGUUCGCACGCAUCGCGCCGACAAUAUUGAUUUUAGCUGCCCCCCCCUCCCCCUCCUGUCAUUUGUUUCGUGCACGUGUGCGCCUAGUUUGUCUAGCCGCGAAGUAGGCACUGAGCAACACCGUGUACGUAUACACACACACACACAGACAUACAUAUAUAAUACAUGGACAUGAUAAAAACUCGCGUUCUUUCAUUGUACGGCCGAAUGCACAGCCGCAAAGGAAAAAUGGCUAAUCGAUGCGCGGCGUACGUCGCUUAAGGGCGAUCAAGAUAAAUGGCUCUCGCUGCACAAUGCUUACAAAGACGCGUCGUAUCUGGCUGGAGAUUCUCCAGCGCAUAUUAUCCCCCGGGAGCCCCCGUGACAGGAGUCACCUCACGGGGGAGGGGGGGAGUCACCCCGUGACUUUCCGCGGAGUCUUUGCUGGCGAGCGCCCACGCACAAACACACACACACACACACACACACACAUACACACAAAGAAAGCUCGCGACACUCCGCGGAUCUCUCCGCCGCGGCAAGAAACGCGGAGACAAACACUCGAGAAUUGCCUGAUCGCAGAUCGUUCCGUCUCUUCGACGUCCGACGUGACGACGAGCAGCGAGCACGCCGAGGACGACGACGACGACGACGACGACAACGACGGCGGCGACGACCACGACGUCGCUCGGGAGCCUCCGCGAAACCAGCACUGCCGUUUGUUCUCCGAGAUGGCGGACGAAAAGGAGAAGCAGACGUUCAUGGAGAAGCUGCUGUUCUACACGACCGCGUUCUUCAUCCUCCUCAGCACCUUCAGCCUCUUCGCCUUCCUCUUCUUGGUCCCCUUCGUUAUCGACCCCGCCUUCACCACCAUCUUCAUGCAGUUUGACACUCGACCCGCCGAGUGCGUCACCAUCGACGUUGAGUCCAGAAGAGGUACGAGCAAUUGCUCAUGGACGUCCUGUAGAGAGGGUUGUACUAAGGAGCUGUACGAUUGCACGCAAAUACGCGUCAACUAUAAGCUACCCGGUAACGUGUCCGAAGGGUCGGAUGAGGGAGGUGGAGCGGUAGGAGGUGUCGAGGAUGACGAAGAGAGCAAGAGGAUGCCGCGUUACGAGCGUUCCUUAGGGAACUUCGGCGAGUACGUCGACGGCCUCGAGGAGGAGUUCGACGAGGAAGACGAGACCGGACUGCCGAAACCUUUCCCUACAGGUCUCAUGGGCAACGACUCCGUGUGGUACUUCACCGGGGCCAAGCUGUUCCCCAACGUAAAAGGCUGUGGAUACCCUCCAAUGCUGAAUUGCAGUAUUUUCUACCGGCAGUACGCCAACAUAGGGAAGAACUUUAGCUGUUACUACUCGAAAGUGGACCCCGGGAUAGUCAUCAGCGACCUCGACAUGUGGCAGGUGUACAUGAACCUUGUGUACGCGAUGGCGAUUCCGAUACCGUCUUUCAUAAUCUCGGUGAUAUACCUCACUAUCGCCUACUUCAAGAUCUACAACGAAGACGAGGAGGUCCCUGUAGGCAUGAAGGACGGCGAGAACGGGCUGGAAGGGACCGAGGAGAAUGGCACACCCUUGCCACCUACGAGCGGUGCACUAACGCCCGGAAGUGAAGCCUUCAGGGAGGAUUUGGCGAGCUUCGGCCACCAGCUCAAGGUCGCAAUGGCCGACGACAUCAGCAGGGAGAGCCUCGAUGGGAUUCCCAACUCGCUCUCUGUUCAGGGAAACUUGAGCAAGACGAUGACGACGAGUAUCUCAACUCCCCCUGGGCCGACGGCGGCAGUCUGAAGCGUCAUUUUCAAGGUCUGGAUAAUAUCUCGUGGAGACCACACUAAGCGAUCUUAUCGCGUCCGUAAGGAACACAAGACGUCACCGUUCACCACAACGGUGGUCGCAGGAGCUUUGCUAACCGCGUGGAAGAGUCAGGUUACCUCCCUCUCCCUCUCCCUCUCUGUCUCAGGAUCGACUAAAACCCACCCUCACGCGAUUCACGGAGUGAACCAGAGGCGCACUCGGCCGAGCCGCGAAUCGUAAUCGCGAAGAAACGGCGAUUUCGAGGGAACCUUGACAAAUCUCUGCCAUUCUGUCGUAAAUCCGUCACCGUCGUGAAGGCCGCCGACUGUACCCACCUACCCAUCUACACCCACCUACCCCACAGAUGAUGCGACGAUAUUUUGCGACACGGACUUUUUCCUACUCGAGAUAUAGUAGCUCAGCUCAUAACGCGAGUCGCGCGUACACCGACGACGACGACGAUUCCGUCGACAGAGCCCGGGGACGAUCCUCGCUCCUCCGCCCCCUUCUUCCCUCCCCCCCCCCGAUCGUGCGAGUCUUCGGCCAGACGCUCGUGUACGCCGGAGGGGUUGUCCGUUCGUCGCGACGUUAACCGCACGUCGCCGAAUUGCUUUACCUCGCACGAUGCCUUUUCUUAUAGCUUGUCCACAAGUGCGACCCGCGCGCGGCCCGGAAAAUCAAAUCCUCGUGCCUCGCAUCCCGCGCACGUCGAAAGCCCCGGCCCCACACGUGGGGAGAAGGAGCUUACGCAGGCUCGCGCACAACGUACGAGCGAUCGGCUGCAUCAUAUAUACACACAUAUAUAUAUAUAUAUAUAUUUUUGAGCGAUUUUCCACACAGCGCGUCGCGACGUGCCCCGUCAGGCGGGGAAGAAAUUCGUCACUUUGAAAGCGACAUAAGUCCGAGCAAUCUUCGCGCAGGAGAUUUAAAAACUCGACGAUUUCCGCUUUUCGAGUCACAAGAGGAGCGCCUCUUGGGUGGCGCGGAUUGUAAGAGGACUUGCGUUGUUUUUACACGCGCACACACAUACACACACACACACACACACACACAUACACACACAGGAACCCGCUACUCCGCGCGACACGUUUCGCCGAUCAAUUCGACCGAGAGAGGCUCGGAGGCUCGUUCUCAAAAUGACCGAGGCACAUACCUGCAACGAAGCGCACGCACCGAGCGAAACGCUCCCUCUGGUUCACUCGACGACGCCGAGAGCAAACAUCCCGGCUGAAAAGCUGAAGCGGAGAACGCGCAGGAGGAAGAAGGGAAGACGGAGAGGCGAGGCGAGGCUCGCGGUAUAUCACCGCUACCUGUAUAUUAAAGUCACAAGUUAUCUAUGGACUAAAAACUUAAUCAGUAAACUAUAUACGAGCUAAAUAGCGUUAAAUAACGUUACGAGUAUUACCAGGUAAUUCGCUUGCUGUGUGAUCAUGAUGCGUCCACUCACGUGCAUCUUAGACACUUUUAUCAGACGACACACCGACGACACACACGUCCGUUUCACCGUUGAUAAAUUACUCGGCGACACACGCUUUUGUGCAGAUAACGAAGGAAGGAAAGAAAACAAGGAGAAAAGAAGAGAGGGGGAGGGGAGGGGGAGGAAAGAGACGAGACGAGACGAGAUAGAUAACGUGCGCGAUUCGCAAAAGUCCACCCCCGCACCGUUGCGGCCUCGUCCAUAUACUACGAUCUCCACACGCACAAAUCCCAGCGUUGUUUAGGGUACCUGACUGAGUACGCUCGCAGAAACGUAGUAGGUACCUUCCGCGAGAAUCACAUACGCGACUACGCACGCGUUCAAAUCGAUACGCACGAGUGCACACGGGACGAAGAAACGUGCGCGGUUUCGAGAGUGUUUCUCUGUAAUAAAGCCAAAACCGAGACUCGGUCUGUUGUUUUUGGCUGUAUGUUGUCACGUUCCCCUUCUCUCUCUCUCUUUCUGUACUUCGAAUGAGACAAUUAGCAGGGCGCCGUUCGGCUUCGGAGGUCGAAGCAAGGAGAAAGAGAGAGAGAGAGAGAGAGAGAGAGAGAGAGAGAGAGAGAGAGAGAGAGAGAGAGAGAGAGAUAGGACAAGCGUCGCGAGGAUGCAGCGAGAAAUAACAGACCCCGAUCGUCGCUAAAUUUGUUCAGUGCCGUUUGUAUCUCGACGUUAUAUUUUUACAAGAUCAAACUACUCCGAUUGCGCAUAAGUUUAAAUGGGUUAUCGGGUUCCCUCGCACCCUCUCUCUCUCUCGAGAGAGAGAGGCGAAGCGUACUCUGCGAGCCCGGGCGGUUCAUAAAGUCGUGACCUCGAUAUUAUCAGUCGUAAUGAGCUUCGUGCUACUCUCCUCAGGCUUUGAAAAAGAACGACUUGUCUUAUUAUCGUCUCAAUGUCAACCGUGAACGCGAUUAGCCGUACGCUACGUUAUGAUUUUGUAAAGCGUUAACGUCACCUGGAAUAUCGACCAAACGUUUGCCGCAUGGAAACUGCUCUCCCUUCGAAUACUCCCCCCGUCCGUGUAAGUACUUUAAGGUGUCCAAGUCGCAAGUGUUUGUAUCGAAACUUCGAGUACUUCACUUUGAGUCAUCCCCCCUCCCCCUUCCUCCUUCGCUCAGGACGACUCGCUUGUAAUUGUUCAAAACUAAUCGCUCGCGAAUCACUUGUGGAAAAAAUAUCGGGUAUUCCAUGCGGCAUUAAAUCGGACGAGAUGCUAAGGCGAACCCAUACACACACACACACACAUACGUGUAUUUAUCGCUCGACUGUCGAUUCACUUUCCCGGAAUUCGUGCUAUUUCUGCGAUCAUACACACGCGCACACAUACACACACACAUAUACCGAAGAAUAUGCAUUAUAUUUACGCGACACAUCACUACGAAAGGUACACACAUUCUAUACACAUCGGUAAUCUAUGGGGAAAAAAAAGAUAAUUGAAUUGUUUUUAUGGAUUAAGAACAAGUUGUCUGUGAUCUACAAUAAUUAAAAAAAUAUUUAAUAAGUAUUAACAGAUAAAAAUAUAAUUGAAAUAUUAUCGAUAAUGUUGAACGAUGGAAGAAAGGAAGGAAUUAACGAACGGGAGCGAGCGGAUUUUAUUGGUAUACAAGUUGAGAGCGCAGAUAUUUCCUGAGGCAUUGGUAGAGCAAUACGAUAGCGAGAGAUAGAGAUAGAGAGAGAGAGAGGAGAGAGAGAGAGAGAGAAAACUAAAUAUCGCAUUAAAAGUCACUGCAAAGGAAUUCUAGGAAAAAAAAAAAGAGAUAUAUAUAAUUAUAACAAAUAGAGACUUAUACGAUAGAGCACGCAACGUCUGAGAACAUUUUAAAUCGCUGCUGUUAAUCUGUACUAACUCGCGAUAAAAAGAGAAAAAAAAAAGAAAACAAAAAGGUGCGUGCUGCGUUCGGAUAGUGUACCAAUAAAAAAAAAAUAUAUACAUAUAAAUAUAUAAAUAUUAUAUGGCACUUAACCGUCGCGGCUAAAAGUACAUAGGAUUAGAUAGAUUUAUAGAAGCGCAAAACACCAAAAAUCGUUCCUUCCACCCGCUCCGGCCGUGUAUUCGAUUAUCGAUUUUAAAUAUAUCGCAUCUCAUACGUGACAAGUCAAAGCUCUGUGAAUUUAUAAAAGCGCACCUCAGAAUGCAAUUAGCAUUUCGUCAUUUUACUAAAAACGAAGAGAAAAACGGCAAAAGGUAAAAACACAAGAGAAAUUAUACGCCUAUGCCAUCUCACCGAAUAAUAAGUUGUUCAAUGAGCGUUGCGAAAGAUGUUCGAGAUAAUUUUUGUACAGUUCUGGCACACACGCGAAGAAGAAACGUGUAACAUCGUCGUCGCGCGCGCGCGCGUGCGCGCGUCUUUAUAUUUAUGUAUAUUUCAAUUAUUAUAAAUUUUUCGAUAUUAUUGUCGAACUAUGAUCGAUUUCGUGUGAAAGUGUAUAUGGCUUUUUCUGCGGUUAACAAUAAAAUGUUGUCAAAGCUUUUUUCACGGGA